ACAACACAAUUAUUUGACAAUUCAAUUCAUAGAAAAAAUUCCCCCACAAACAAAAAAAUUGUGUAUUUUUCUCACGUCUUUUUUGUUAUUUUAACCAAAAAUUCCAACAUAUAUCAAUAAAAUAAUUACCAAAUCUUUAAGCCCCAAUAUAUAUGUAAACAAGGAAAUUGUCUAGCCGUGGUUUAAUUAAAAAAACAUGUGUAAACUCCAACAUAAAAGACAAGCCAAAUUUAUAAAACUAUUGUAGAAAUAAACAAAAACAAAAUAAAUAAAUAUUAAAAAUUCACAAAAGAAAAAAAACCAUAGAAAUUCCAACGAAAUUCUUGUCAGUUUUAGCCAUAAAUGACUCAAUGCACAACAGAAUUGGUCGUAAGAUGUUGUUGACCAAGAAACACUGGAUCUUCCUAAUGGGUGUUUUAUGUCUAAUGGUCUGUAUAGGCUAUUGGUUUAUAGGGUCCGAAGUUAAACUAAAUGCUCUUAAACCUUUAAGCAAAUAUAAUAAUAAUCAAUCUCCAGCUAAUGCAGGUGCUGCUACUGCUGUCGAUGCUCUAUCGCCUUUAGAUAAUUUCGAUUAUGAGGAACAACUAGUGGUGCUGUAUAAUCGUGUGCCCAAAACGGGCUCUACAAGUUUUGUAAAUAUUGCUUAUGAUUUGUGUAAGAAAAAUCGUUUUCAUGUUUUGCAUAUCAAUAUUACGGCCAAUAAUCAUGUUUUAUCUUUACCUAAUCAGGUCUCUUUUGUACGUAAUGUCACCAAGUGGCAUGAAAUGAAACCGGCCCUUUAUCAUGGUCAUUUGGCCUAUUUGGAUUUUUCAAAAUUCCAAAUUGCCCAUAAACCAAUUUAUAUUAAUAUAGUGCGUAAGCCAUUGGAUAGACUUGUUUCCUAUUAUUAUUUUUUACGUUACGGUGAUAAUUAUCGUCCAAAUUUAGUACGCAAAAAGGCGGGUAAUAAAAUUACAUUCGAUGAAUGUGUAGAAUUGCAACAACCAGACUGUGAUCCCAAAAAUAUGUGGCUACAAAUACCUUUCUUUUGUGGUCAUGCCGCUGAAUGUUGGGAACCCGGCAGUCAAUGGGCUUUAGAUAGAGCUAAAGAGAAUUUAGUUAAUGAAUAUUUCCUAGUGGGUGUAACAGAACAAAUGGAAGAUUUUGUAGAUUUAUUGGAAAAGUCAUUGCCACGCAUGUUUCAAGGUUUUACGGAAUACUAUCGUCAUUCCAAUAAAUCCCAUUUGAGACAUACAACUUUCAAAAUUCUACCCAGAGAAGAAACUGUAGCCACUAUAAUGCAAUCAAAAGUAUGGCAAAUGGAAACUGAAUUGUAUAAUUUUGCUUUGGCACAAUUUGAAUUUAAUAAACGUAAACUAGUGCAGCCGGAUAAGAAACAAAUACAAAAGUUUAUGUAUGAAAAAAUUAAACCAAAAUAAGCUAAAGUUUGGCAGCUAAAGAAAAAGACACAUACAGACUUGUAAAUAGUAUUGUUUUCCUAAGUAAUGUACUUAAUUUAUGUUUAAAAUUGUUCAUUUCACAAUUGUUUUAAACAAAAACCCUCCUGCGCCCCCCCCUUCCCCUCCACACUUUCUCAAACACACUCAAUUGCCUUAUUUUGUUAAAAGAAGUUAAACAUAUUAAGAAGAAGGAAACAACAUAAAUGAUAUUUUUUAUUAAUUAAAUUAUUAUUAUUAUUAUUAUGAUAACGUUUAGU